UUGCAAUCAAGCAUCAGCAUUUUCCACCUAACUCAAGAGGACCGGAGUCUAUAGGAGUGCAGCAUGGCGGCGUUCUAGCUGCAGAUGACCAGGCCUUCUCCAACUCUUAAGAAACAACAAAAACCAUGUGCAGUAUUAUAACCACAAAGGACAAUGAGAGUUUAAAUGAGGAUACACACUGUGGAAACAGCAUGAAGCUGACCAGCGAACAGUUGCCCAAGAACCCCUUUAAUAACUCAGUAUCCCAGUAUGCUGCUAAGAAACAAAAACUUUUCCAGUGGAGAAAGGAUAAGACUGAUCAUUACAAGCAUGCUAAUUUGAUGGAUAAGGCAUUGCAGCUCUUGAAAGAAAGAAUAAGAAGAGGGGAUGCGAUGGCAUAUUUUUUACGAGGUCAAUUAUAUUUUGAAGAGGGAUGGUAUGAAGAAGCACUAGAACAAUUUGAAGAAAUAAAGGAAAAGGAUCAUCAAGCAACUUACCAACUAGGAGUAAUGUAUUAUGAUGGGCUGGGCACGAUGGCAAAUGCUGAAAAAGGAGUGGCCUAUAUGAAGAAAAUUGUUGAAUCUCCAUGUCCCAGAGCAAGACACUUACAAUUUGCAGCUGCUUACAACCUUGGGAGAGCUUAUUAUGAAGGAAAAGGUGUUAAAAGAUCAGAGGAGGAAGCUGAAAGACUGUGGCUUUUUGCUGCAGACAAUGGAAAUCCAAAAGCUAGUGUGAAGGCUCAAAGUAUUCUAGGAUUGUAUUAUUCAACAAAGGAACCCAAAGAGUUAGAAAAGGCAUUUUUUUGGCAUUCAGAAGCAUGUGGCAAUGGAAAUCUGGAGUCCCAGGGUGCACUUGGACUCAUGUACUUUUAUGGACAAGGGAUCCGCCAGGACACUGAUGCUGCUCUGCACUGCUUGAGGGAAGCAGCAGAACGUGGAAACGUCUAUGCUCAAGGGAAUCUCGUGGAGUACUACUAUAAGAUGAAAUUCUUUACAAAGUGUGUUACAUUUUCCAAAAGCCACAGGUUCUGUAAUAGCACAGUUGCAAUACAAUUGAUAUGAGAGUAAAAUGAGCAUGAUAAAAAAGAUGCAUGGAGAUGCCAGGUGGUGGCACACCUGGUUGAACAUUUAUGUUACAGUGAGCAAAGACCUGGAUUCAAAUUCCUACUCUUCAUCAGCAAGAGGAAAGUUUCACAAGCAGUGAAACAAUAUUGCAGGUGUCUAUCUCCCUGCCCCCUCGAUUUCUCUAUGUAUCUAUCCAAUAAAUAAAUUAUAUAUAUAAUAAAUGGAGACGGAAAGUGACCCAUCCAGUAGAGUGCACACUUUACCAUGCAUGAGGACCUGGGUUUGAGCUGUCAGCCACCACAUGUUAGCACCUUAUGGGGACGUUUCACAAGUGGAGCAGUUUGUCUGCAUUAUCCUUCUUCCUAUCUCUCUCACCAUUCUAUGAAAAAAAAAAAAAAGAAAGAAGAAAGAAAGAAAGAGACAUCAGCACCAAAUAUAGAUGGAAAUUAUUUUUCUUUGAGCCUAUGUAUUUUACUACAUUCAUUUCUCAUAUGUACAAAAGCAACAUAUAAGGGAUGAUAGAUAUAACUUUGUCUGCUAGAAUGGCCACAUGCCAUACUGAAAAUAGUCCACUAAGGGUGGAGGGUAGAUAGCAUAAUGGUUAUGCAAACAUACUCUCAUGGGCCCCAAAGGCCCCCACUCCACCAUAAGCCAGAGCUAGUAAUUAAAAAACAAAUAAACAAAUGAAAAACUCUAACUUGAAAAUAGCCCAUGAGCUCCUCUCCUCCUCAGCCAGUGUGAGCCAGCCAUCUACCGCGGAGGAUGAAGAGAAAAAAGAAGCUGCUUCUACCUUCUCCUCCACAGCAUUCUGUCUUAUAGUCAGCAGAUGACUUAAAAGUGUGAUCUCUUAGGUCCAAAUCUCCAAGUUUCCAUUUGAUUCAAAUCAAGAUUUUAAAUACCUUAUUACCCCAGACCUCUAGACUUUUCCACUAUUGUCACAUUUCUGUUCCCAUAUUAGGAUUAACAUGGAGUUGACUAGAUUUCAUUUUCACACACUGCAUUUAUAUCAGGAUGAUAAGGAUGGCUUCUUUUUAUUGCCUUUUUUUAUGAUAGGCAUACUAGUUUGUUUCCUAGUC